CAUCGCUGCUGCGAGGAUGAGGGAGAGCAGGUGUGGUCCUCAAUACUGAGUGAGGUUUCUACCCGGUCAAGAUCUAAAUUGCCAUCGGGCAAGAAUAUUCUUGUUUUUGGUGAUGAUGGUUCAGGUAAAACCACGCUUAUGGCUAAAAUACAAGGAGCAGAGCAUGGCAAGAAAGGAAGAGGGCUGGAAUACUUGUAUCUAAAUAUUCACGAUGAAGACAGAGAUGAUCAUACUCGCUGUAACGUUUGGAUUCUGGAUGGAGACUUAUACCAUAAAGGGCUAUUGAAGUUUGCAGUUUCUGCAGAAUCGCUGCAAGACACCAUUGUAGUCUUUGUUGCAGAUAUGUCUAGACCUUGGACUGUUAUGGAGUCAUUACAGAAAUGGGCCAGUGUCUUGCAAGAACAUAUUGAUAAGAUGAAAAUUCCUCCGGAAGAGAUGAGAGACAUGGAACAGAAGUUUAUAAAGGAGUUUCAAGAAUAUGUAGAACCUGAAGAAGGCUAUCAAGGAUCACCACAGAGAAGAGGCCCUUCUUCUGGCCAAGAGGAUGAACAUGUUUCUUUGCCACUUGGAGAAAAUGUGCUGACUCACAACCUUGGUAUUCCUGUGCUGGUAGUUUGUACAAAAUGUGAUGCAGUGAGUGUACUAGAGAAGGAGCAUGAUUACAGAGAAGAACACUUCGACUUCAUUCAGUCGCACAUUCGUAGAUUCUGCUUACAGUAUGGGGCUGCCUUGAUUUAUACAUCAGUUAAGGAGGAAAAGAACCUUGAUCUGUUGUAUAAGUACAUUGUACAUAAAACAUACGGUUUUCAGUUUACUACACCUGCCUUAGUGGUAGAAAAGGAUGCAGUUUUUAUACCUGCGGGUUGGGACAAUGAAAAGAAAAUUGCCAUUUUACAUGAAAACUUCACAACAGUGAAACCAGAAGAUGCAUAUGAGGACUUCAUUGUAAAACCUCCUGUAAGAAAGUUGGUCCAUGAUAAAGAGCUGGCAGCAGAAGAUGAACAAGUAUUUCUUAUGAAGCAGCAGUCAUUCCUUGCCAAACAGCCAGCAACGCCUACAAGAGCAUCAGAAUCUCCUGCAAGAGGCCCUGCAGGAUCCCCAAGAACUCAAGGCAGAGCUGGUCCCGCCAAUGUACCCAGUGCCUCACCAAUAACAUCAGUUAAGAAACCAGAUCCAAAUAUUAAAAAUAAUGCUGCAAGUGAAGGUGUCUUGGCUAGUUUCUUUAACAGUCUCUUGAGCAAAAAGACUGGAUCUCCUGGGAGUCCUGGUGCUGGAGCAGUGCAAAGUACAGCCAAGAAAUCAGGACAAAAAACAGUUUUGACAAAUGUUCAAGAGGAAUUGGAUAGGAUGACUCGCAAGCCAGACUCUAUGGUAACAACAAACUCUCCUCCAACAGAGAACGAAGCUUGAUAGCGCAUAAAAAAUGCAUAUGUAAAUGACCAAAUAACUAUGUAUAUUGAUCUGAUAAGACCAGAAAUUUUCUGCUAUGGCAGAUGCUAUCAGUUUUCUUGGGGCAGGGGAAAUGAGCUUACUACAUCAUUGCCUUGUCCCAGUAAAAAGUGCACAUUCAGGAAGUUUGCAUAUAAAAUCCCUCUGUAUAAGAUAACCAUUUAGAGUUUAUAUAGGGCAAUUCUUUUGGUUUUGGAGGUAAGCAGGUGCAGCUGCAUUUCCUGUUGUGAGGAACACAAAGAAGCAAAAUGGAGAAUUCUUAUUAAAAUACUACUACUGACUGCACACAAGGCAAGAAGGAGAAAUGAAAUCCUCUUUCAGAGUUACUGGAAUUGGCUACUUGUAUGUUUGCAAAUGCAUUAUAUUCUUGGAAAGGUGGUGGUGGUGGUGUAAGAGAGCAUUAAUUAGGUGAAAGAAGCCUAGGUAGGGAAUGGAGCCCUAAAAGGGGAAACAGAUUUGGGACAGUAAGAAACUAGAAUGUUGGAUUGACUGGAGAGGAGCAAUGUUGUUAAACCCCGUGUUUCACAUAGGGUAAAUAAUCACUGUUUUAAAAAGACUACUUUACAUUGGAGAAUUCCAGGCCAAACACUAAGCAUCAUGGGAAUUUAUUCUUGUUAUAAAUCUUGUUUUAGUUU